AUGGCUCUCGUCAUAUUGGCAGCCGUGAGUUACCAAUGUUCGGCUGCUUGGGGCUGGAUAAGAGCGGCUAUAAUAAAAAGAGAAACGCGAUCGGCGAGUUCUGGAGUCUUUUCAACGAGGCAAACAUCGAUACGAAUCUCUCAUUCCCUUCCCGAUCUUCAAAGCCUUCCGACACAGCAUCAACUCGUGCAAGAAAAAGAAUGUAAAAGAGUUUUAAGGCAGACCACGCUUCCCACGGUGCCCGUGAGACUCCAGACUUUUCAAAGGCAGUUAAGCCAACGUUUCGACGUUCCCUGCAUACAAUUCAGCAUAUGUAAAUUCGAAGAAAGAACCGAUUCCAAUUUGGGUCUCAUAAAGCCGGAGCUUUACGUGUCAGAAAAAGAGAGAACAAAUUCUGUGGACUCGAAUGCAACUGCAGAUUUAGAAUAUUGUGGAAAAUUACAUCUUGCACUCAGAUACGACUCCGAAAUAGAAGGUCUAGUGGUGAAAGUUUUAGAAGCCAGGGAUUUACCCAUAAAAGAUGUAACAGGAAGCAGUGAUCCUUAUGUAAAAGUUUAUCUUCUUCCGGAUAGGAAAAAAAAAUUUCAAACAAAAGUUCACAGAAAAAAUUUGAAUCCAGUUUUCAACGAAACGUUCAUAUUCAGCGUCAGCUACGAUGAUCUUCAAAAAAGAUAUUUGCAAUUUUCCGUUUAUGAUUUUGAUAGAUUUAGCAGGCAUGAUUUGAUCGGUCAAGUCGUUCUCAAAGGUCUUUUAGAUGCAUCAGAUUUACAUCAGGAAAUUGAAUAUACAAUGAAUAUUUUGAGUUCUCCUAUGGAGAAAAAACGUUUAGGAGAAUUAAUGUUAAGCUUAUGCUAUCUUCCGAGAGCUGGACGAUUAACUCUCACCGUUAUAAAAGCUCGAAAUUUAAAAGCAAAAGACAUAAUUAAUGGUAAAUCAGAUCCCUACGUCAAAGUUUACCUUAUGUGCGAGGGUAAAAGAAUAAAAAAGAAAAAAACAACGGUUAAAAAAUCGACUCUUUUUCCUAUAUAUAAUGAAGCUUUGAUGUUUGACGUUCCGGCAGAAAAUGUCGAAGAUGUUUCCCUCAUAGUUAACGUCGUAGAUCACGACAUUAUCGGAGUCAACGAACUUCUUGGAUGUAUCGGAAUCGGAAAUAACUUUAUAGGUAUAGGUCGAGAUCAUUGGCUCGAAAUGUUGGACAAUCCGAGGAAGCCCGUUGCUCAAUGGUAUCCGUUACUAGAAAGUUUACCCGGACAGGCAUCCUACGUUUCAAGAAAUCAUCAUCCGAUAAAAAACUUGCUCAACAUUUAA